GUAGCAAGGCUUCUUAAGCUAGGGAACAAAAUGGCCACUUAGUGCAUAGUGGAAGUCCCCGAAAUGUGUAACGUUGUGGACAGAAGGCGUGCGUAAACAUCAGAGAUGUCUGGCUUCACUGAAGCUGCCUUGGAACGAAAGUUGGCUGAACUUAAUAACUCGCAACAAAGUAUUCAAACGCUUUCGCUUUGGCUGAUUCAUCACCGAAAGCAUCACAAAACCAUUGUCCAUGUCUGGCUGCGAGAGCUUAAGAAAGCCAAGCCUCAGCGGAAACUCACCUUCAUGUACCUCGCCAAUGACGUCAUCCAGAACAGCAAGAAGAAAGGUCCGGAGUUCACCAGGGAAUUUGCAACCGUCUUGGCCAAGGCAUUUGCCCACAUAUCUGUGAGGGACACGGACCAGAAGACGCAUGCGGGCCUGCGGCGCAUCCUGAGUGUCUGGAAAGAGCGCUGUGUGUUUGAUGCGGCCCAAAUCUCAGACUUCGGGCAGUACUUGUCCGACAAGGUGCCUGAAACUGUCAAGGAGGUGCCUGUUGACGGAGACCAUCUAUGGGCAGACCCUGAACCAGCAUUGAAGAAGAAAAAGGUGGAAGAAAAAGAAGAGAAGCCUGACAAAGCUGAGGAGGAGAAACCGCUGGACCCGCCAGAUCCCACAGUGCUCAUCAAAGCCCUAGCAGACUUGGAAAACACAGCCUCUUCGGAUGCAGCUGUUCGCGAACGCAUUGCUAGCCUACCUCCCGAAGUGUCGGAUGCCUCUCUCUUGGACAAGAUUGUAGACCGAGAAUCUGGCAAGCAGUUGGCUGAACAAGUGGAGGAGGCCUGUUCUCUGCUGGCCGAGUACAACAGCAAGCUGACGCAAGAGCUGGAAGAUCGCAAGCAGGUCUCGCAAAUGCUUGCCAAUUUCACCUUUCACCAGAGGGAGCUCAUGGCCCUGGCUGAACAGAAACUAGAGGAGCACAGGGACAAGCUGCGCAAAGUGACGCACGUGCGAGACGAGCUCAAGUCGCACCUGCAGAACCUUCCGGACUUGACGCUGCUGCCAAGCGUCACGGGGGGCCUGGCGCCGCUGCCCUCGGCUGGGGACCUGUUCAGCCACCAGUGAGGUUGCAUCGGCUGCUUUGAGACCUUCGCCACGGCUCCCGUUUGGCACCAGCCGUCUCGAACUGUGGACUUAUUCACUUUUUUCUUUGGAGCUGCACGGCCAGUGAUAUGGUUUGCAUGCUUUUCAUCCCAUUUUGCGACACGGCAGUGUUGUGGGACAGCUUUCAGGUUCCCUCAUUCACACUGGACUGGUUGCAUUCAAGUGACGUCACAUUCAUCAUUUUCUCGAAACUGCAUUUUCUGGUCUGCUAGUUGUUGCUUGCCGCUGUUGUGGCGCGCAGGCUGGCGACCCGGUCCCAUUGCCUAGCCUGGCACAGUAAGCAGCCAUUCUCCCUGAAGGCGGUUUCUUCCUUCCAUCCAUCUCCGCUUGUGGUGACCACUGUCCCAGCAGCGACACUGGUGUGGUGCAGCGGGUAAAACUGGCAGUGUCGGCUGCUCUUGCAUACAGCCACGCAGGAUGAUUCAACUCAAGUGAAGGGGAGACAUUAAUCUUCAAGGUUGAAAAUGACAGUUAUUUUAGUUUUUUUUACUGAUGUUCCAAUUACUACAUUCAGAUAGUGCACAGUUAUUUCAUUAUGUUGAUUUAAAGUUUCAUGUCCAAGCUAUUUACAAGCAUGUUUUCAAAAGUUUUCCCCUGUUUUCUCAGAAUUAAUUCUUUUGUCACAUUGCCCACAGUAUAUCUGGAUCUGAAUAUAUAUAUAUAUAUAUA